GGCUGCUUAAUACACACGUGCUUAUGGCCUAUCGCGGCGCCUGCGCGGUCGCAGCCUGCAGUUCGCCCUUAGGACAGACGCCUGUCGCACCUUGACUCCCGCUGUCCGCUCGAGCCGGUCUGUGCUCAGUGUCUUGUGCACAUCCUUGCAAGCGACGGCGCCAUGAGUAUGACUUCCAGCGUACGAGUUGAAUGGAUUGCAGCGGUUACCAUUGCUGCUGGGACAGCUGCAGUUGGUUAUCUAGCUUACAAAAGAUUUUAUGUCAAAGAUCAUCGCAACAAAUCUAUGGUAAACCCUCACAUCCAGAAAGACAACCCCAAGGUAGUACACGCUUUUGACAUGGAGGAUUUGGGAGAUAAAGCUGUGUACUGCCGUUGUUGGAGGUCCAAGAAGUUCCCACUCUGUGAUGGCUCUCACACAAAACACAAUGAAGAAACUGGAGACAACGUGGGACCUCUGAUCAUUAAGAAAAAAGACACUUAAAUGGACACUUUUGAUGCUGCAGACCAACCUGUCAUGAUGUUUCCUGAUCGUUUAAUUAGAAUGAGUACCACUUGUGUCUAAUUCAUCUCCCCUGGGUUCUAGAUGUGGUAUAUUGCAAACUACAGCUUUCAUAUUCACGGCAUUUGCCUUACUUGUUGAACCAUCGUGGUGCACAUUUGUUGAAACAAAAAAAAACAAGGAAAAAGGAAAAUCCAAUCUCAUGGACUGUGGGUUAUUUUGGUCUUGUAAGGAUCCAUUUCUUUACAUUUAAAAAUGGCAUUACAAUAUAGUUGUAUGGCGAAGUUAACGUAUUAAAUUAUUCUCAAAAUCGUGUAUGUGCAGAUUGUACUUGUAAGUUUCUUAUCACCAUUCAAUAUUACUUAGUUAACCUAGAAAGUAAAUUGGGUGUGAUUAAGCUACGUUAAUCUCUUAAUAACAAUCUAGGAAAAAUCUGUUAUGACCUUGGUUUUCUUCUUGAUCGUGGUAAUGACACUGAGAAAAUACGGCUUCUGUGUUUUCAAUCAAAAUGAACUCUGAUAAUUAUAAGUGGGCCAGGUCAAUAAUAAAGGGACAGUAGCUUCUUUGUAUUCAUCUUCAUGGAUAUUUAAUUGAUCCAUUAAAGAAACCAGUAGUGGAAAUUUAGAUCAAAGUGAUAUGAGAUUUAAAGUUGUCAUGAAGGAUGUCUUAAAAUGUAAUAAUGUUCCAGAAUUCUAGCCAAGGAGUGGCAAACACUUGAACUGGGGACACUGAAGGUAUUGGAACACAUAAUAUCAAGUCUCCUGUACGCAGAGCCACACAUCCUUGACAGAAAUAGUAGUCGUGAGGGUAGAUCAGAGGCAUGGGAAGAUUUUUAUUUCCUCAUUCUCGAUAAUCAGGCCCAUGAUUAAUUCUAGUAAAGAAGCUGUUUUGGGAGAAAAAUAAGAAUUACAUCCUCUUUUAAACUGUAUAAUCUUAAAAGCAAAAAUUUGAAGACAAGUGUUUAUGUAAUAUUCUUCAAAGAGACUUUCUUCAGACCAGAAACAUUACAUUUCAUUGCUGAUUCAGAAACAGAUAUGAAAACUGAAAAUAAUUAGGAGCAAUAAAAGAGUUAAGACAGGAGUAGUUACUAUAUUUUUUAAGAGAAAUUAGGUUUUUGGAUUUCAUGGGUUAGAAGGGAAAAUAUAUACGUAAUAUAGCAGACAGAAUUUGAAAUUGACAAAGGUAACAGGUAAACAUUCUCAUUUCUUUGCAGACACUUGAAUUCUCAGUAGUAGUCAAUCAUGUUUCUACUUGGUAGGAUCCAGAAUUACCUUGGAAGUAACAGGAAUCAGUGCAACUAAAACAUCAGUGUUCCUAUAUUAAGUAUGAUCAUUGAUAUUUUUUUAAUGUACGGUUUUGUAUAUUAUAGUAGGUAAAGUUGAUCCCAAAAUUGUGUGUACCAGUUUUUAAGUAGUCCACAUGACUUAAUUGAACUUGUCUUUAAGGCACAUCUUAAGCAGAAAAUCUCAAGUACUACAAACCCUGAUUCUACCUAUAAGAUUCUUAGGAUGAAUUUUUUCAUGCCUCUUCCUCCUUUUUCAAAUAAGUAUGAUUGGGUCAGCAAUAGAGAGCAUCAUGCUUUUAAAGGUUAAUUGUUUUAUUAAAGAAGAAUACAUCUAUGAACUCCCAAAGUUACAGGUAAAAGGACAUCCUUUGAGGGAAUUGCCCAGUCGUCCAUUGGUUGGGACUCCACACUCAAUGCCAGGGUCCCAGGUUCGAUCCCUGGUGGGGGAACUAGGAUCCCAUGAGCCACGUGGUGCAGCCAAAAAAAAGGGGGGGAGGACAUCCUUUGAACACACUAAGCUGUAUUCUUAAUUUUGAAUUUGAAAUUAUUAUGAGUCAUGCAUUUUUAUAGCUAGUGGGAGAAAAAAAAAAAAGAAACUAGUGCCAAUUCUCAAAACUACUUUCAAUGGUGUAAGUGGGUGACUAUGAUUAUGGUAAAAUUGGAAAUGGUCACCUUAUUGUGAAAUGCAGAUCUACUGUAGCAUUUUGAUAGUCCAGAAUAAUUAGAUAAAUGUAGUCCCAUGGUCAUAUUAAAAUUCUAUUACAUGCUUUUGAACUAGAAUUCCUUUAGGAUAUGAAAACCUUUUCAUGUUAUUAGUUAACCUAAAAAGUAAAGUAGGUGUGGUUAAGUUAAUGUGAGAUGUUUUUACACAAAAAUCAUUGUGUACAAUUACUGUUCUCACUGAAAUACCCUAAAUCUUCUAAUUGCUUUUUCAUUUGAUAGAGAGAUCAGGCAACUGGGGCUCCCCAACACCAUCACCAUCUUUUCUUCUCUGUAUCAUUUAUGUUUCAGUAAUUUCUGCAGUAAGAUUUUGUGCCAGGUUGAGAAGUUUCUAAUGUCAUGAAGAAACUUGUUUUGCAGUGACAAGUUUAGAGUGACACACUCCUGUUCAUGCAGACAUUUACUAAGCAUUUAUUAUAGACGAUGUAAUUGAGAACACAACAUUUUGGAGAAUUCAAAGCUCACAGUUUAGAUUAUAUCAUUUAUGACAUGGGUUAUAUUAUGAUAGUUUAUGACUUGGGGUUGUUUUCCUUGACAAAUUGUAACAGGUGCAGUCAUGUAUACCAAGUCUUUCUACAGAGUAGGUGGGUUUAUUUGAUUUUGUAUUAGUUAUGAAUGAUUUUGUUUUAAGAUAAACAUUGGUUAAGGUUCCUAAUUAGCCACAUGUUCAAUACUUGGGUUAUCUGUGACAGUGUUUUAUUCUACUGGUUGUCAGAAGCUCUGCUUUUCCUCCCCGAUUUUAACGCUAUCUGAUGUCAGGCAAAGCCACUCACCUCUUAGCCUUUUAAUUGAAAUGGUUGGACAAAAUGGCAUUUUAGGCAUUGUUCCCCAAUUCUAAGCCAAGACUAAAAUUUCAGCAUCCCUAAAGGAAAAAAAAAAAAGUUGACAGAAGGUCAUCAACUUGAAUUUAAUUUUUAUUACAUGAUUAUACCAACUUUUGUGGUAUU